CAUGGAACUCUGAGUCGGCCCUGAAUCUCGUACAGGCUUCGCAGUUGUUCACCAUGGCGAAGAUUUACAAAGACACAAGGGUCGACCUCCGGCCAUUCUCGCCGGCCACGGUCGCCAACAUCCAGGUCUCACCUCACGAGAGCGCGCCCCGUCGGACUCGCUUUUCGAUCUCCUCCGCCACCGACCAGCCCGAAAUUCCGAUCGCGAAAGAUGAAGACGAAUUCGCCAGACGGUAUCUUGCCACACAGGGCACAGUCUACUUCCGCAAACGCAAGCCUUACCCGAGGACCUUCGUGUGGAGGGUGGUCAAUGACAACAAGGUGCUGGAGAUCCAAUGCGCGGACUUGACGAAAAGUGGAACUGAGCGCUUCGAAUACAAUGUCACCCUGCGACUGCACUUCCCAGAGCAAAUUCUUCCAUCUGGCGUGGCGCUGGCAGAUGCGGAGGAGCAUGAGAUUCUCAGCGUCUUUGUCAUUACGGCGUCCAAGCAGCUCCAUACACUCUCACUUCGACCAGAGUUCUUCCGGAGGACAGAGUCAAUCGAUGACAAUGUGAGCGAAUGGUGCAAGACGUGCAUUCCUGCACCUCUUUCUUUCUCGACCCCCCACAGACUUCACGCGAGCAGCCCGCAAGAGCUGUUCAUCUCCCUUGAUAACGGAGCGCUUCUGCGGUUGACCCGCCGAGCUGGAGAUGAUGGCUCGCACUGGACACCCCUUACCUUCGACGAACGAACAUGGGGCGCCUCCAUUCGGGGCCUCGUAAAGUGGCACGCAACCUCCUCGAUCAAGCACAAUGGACGCAGUCUUGACUUGAAUGUCGCCAAUGCCAUCGCUACAACCUCCGACGAGACCUACGUCUUCGCUAUUUGCUUGAAUCACACCUUGAAAAUCUGGAACCUUGCUACGAACAAGCUUGCGGCGACAAAGGAUCUUUUGGGCCGUCCAAUGGACCCCGAUGCGGUACCAUAUACCUUGAAUCCUGCUGAAACCUCAUUCAUCCGGGUAUUCAAUGCAGAAAGGGCUAUGGAUGGUGGUCACCGGUUCUACGUCGUCACAUACUCUCCAUUCGAGGAAGGACGCUUUAAAUUCUGGGCUGUCAAGGGUGGUUUGACGUCUGAUCUUGUUAUUGAGGACCUCUUUGCCGAUGCAGUCUUCCGACCUGUUGACCCAGAUGUGACGGGCAACAUGUUCUGGAGCAUUGCGGACUUCCAGGUCAAGCCGGUGGAGGAAGGAAAGGGAAUGGAGUUGUGGGUAUUAUGGAGAAACCAUGGUCUCUAUCAACUUUAUACCCUUCACUUUGAUUUGCAAACCCUGGUGGCGGACUGGUCCAACAACUGGGUUUCAACAGCAUUUGAAACUCACCGACAAGAGCCACUACCCGCGCCAACCCUUGAAGAUGUCGAGGAUCCGACAGAGAAGUGGCUUGCCUACCUCUUGCACCCAACUCGAUACCUACCCGAAGUUCUCGAGACUGCUUUGGCGGUCUAUCAGGAGGCGCUCAGGCCGUUGUCUUCAACCUCAUCUGGAGUCCUGAAGAAGGAUGUACCGCUGGCGGAGAGGCUUUGCUCUACCAUUGCAGCGACCGUCUCCCUUCGCAAAUACACCGAGGAUGAGAUGGACUAUGCUCGAUUCCGGAUGGACACAGAUGCCAAGUGGCGUCAAUUCUGGCAAGUUGCCGAAGACCUCAACAAGCGCAGAUUCGAACCUGUUUCCCUUGCUUACGACUCAUUCAACGAAAUGCCUUGGCUUCUUCUCUCCGAUUCCUGCGCAGUGGUACGAGAGUGCAAUACUGCCGAAUUGCUCCUACACAACUCUAGCUCUGACCUACGCGAGGAAGCUCCCAAGAUCGUGGAUCGAUGGAGACACCGCAAUCUUCAUACUGAGCUUGGCAACCUAUAUGAACAAGCUUCUUCAUUGAUGAAGGUGGCUGCGGAGUUCAGAAAGAAGUUCUCUGCGGAGCUCGAUGCCGCAUGCCGGGCUGCCCUCGAAGUCGAAAUUUUCAGCGAACCCUCGUCAUCUAUUGUCGACCGCAUGGAUAGUUUCCGAGAGCGCUGCGAAUUUGGUGACCGGAUUUCCAACAAGACUUUUGAAGGUCUAGUUGCAGCGCUGAAUGAGUACCUAGAUGCUGAGAAUUUGUCAGGGGACCCCUUCUAUGCUAUCAUCGACACUAUUCCUUCUGGGUUCAGUGCCAAGGACUCAGGACUUCUCUCCACAUAUUUCGGUUCUCGUGUCGCCGUGAGCGGUGCACUCGAGACAGUUGUGCUCACGCGUCAGAUCCUCUAUGAGUUGUUGAUCUUGGUCACCUUUGUGGACGGCGAGAUUGAACAGGGUGAACGCUCAAACUUCGACGCUGCCGAUCUGUUUUCCACACUCAUUCAUUCACUCCGAGAGUACGAAAUGAUUUAUUGGCUCAUCUCGAACGUCCGGAAAUGCCCGGACCGUGCCGCCAAUACGGGCGCGGAGGCGUCGACCCCGGUCUUCUCUCUGAAGGAAAAGAAGUCAAACCAGAACAAAAAUUUGCGGACGGCGACCAUUUUGGAAGACCUCUUCGUCACAGACAUCAAGCCACGUCAAGCGAUUGGCGUGCCGCAGAGUUAUACCCUGACUCUCGGGAUCAGGGAUGUCCUGGCUUGGGUUACGAGACCUGGUGAAGUGGCUUAUCCGAACGCGUUGGCCUACAUUCAGUGCGACCUUAUUGCUAAGAACGAUAUUGAUCUCGCAUGGGACUUCCUGCGUUUCCAGGCAAGCACAUCCUGGGCAACCUAUGUCAAGGGCCGCCUGCAUGUGGCGAUGGCCGAGUUUGACAUUGCAGCCAUUUACUUCCGCAAGGCGGCUUAUCUUCUGUCUUGUGGCAAGCCCUUAGGUAACCUGCACGAAAUGUCAUCAACCCUCCUGGACCUUGUUUCCGUGAACUGCUUCCACAAUGGUAUCCCGAAGUAUUACCAGCACAUCCUUUCAGUCUUUGAGCAAGUACGCUCGUUCUCCCAUGUCGCGGAAUUUGCUAGCCUGGCGCUGCAGGCCCUCGAUUCGGAGGCCUGGGCCGAGCACGACCCCGAGUACACGAGCAUGCGAACCGAUUUGCUCUCCCGCCUCUUCCACGCAUCCAUCAAGACCUGUCAGUUCGACCAGGCCUACUCCGCUCUGGCCCGGUACCAGGACCUUGCCCUACAGAGGUCCGCUCUAAGUUCUCUCAUCACCAGCAUUCUUGCCGUGUCUGGACCCGGCGCUGCUGGAAUCAAGCAGAUCCUCCGUUUCCCUACUGCGCUUGUGCCCAACAUUGCUUCUCAUGUUGAUGAGGUUCUCGUCUCUCUUGCCCACAAGCAGAUCGCUUUCACCUCGUGGACCGAUAUAGACAACAACGAGGUUGACGCCUCAUCCACCGACUACACCCGCAUCUUGCAAGCAUAUCGCAUCGCGCGCAAUGACUAUCGCGGUGCUGCUGAGAUUGCUUACCGGAACGUACAACGUCUGCGCAAGGCAAGAGACGCACCUUCAUCCGCUCUUGUCCGCACAAGCAGGAGAGAAGUCGAGGUCACCGGUGUACCCGAAGAUGACCUUGAGAGUAAGGAGAUCCGCCACGAGCUACUGUCGCUGAUCAACCUGCUCGCCUCCGUUGACAAGGGCGAAGCCUACAUUCUUGUCGAAACUGGCCCACUCGCAUCAUUCUCUGCAGGCACGCCAUCUCCACAGCAAAAUCGCCGACAGGCAGAUGAUGACGGCAACGUCUUCAUGGAAGAUGCGGAUGUGGCAUCCCCCACUCCCUUUGAAGCUAGACGCAGAUCCUCAAGCGGAGCCUCAAUCAGACCCACCGUUCGCAGAGACAGUCGCUCCUCAAUCAGCGGCAGACGCCCCAGCGUAUCCUUCAAACCUCAAGUCGAGCCCCCCAAGAAAGGGUCAUUGUUACCCUCGACCACCUUCGUCGCGAGUAUCAAUCCGAGCUCGACCGUGUCAGCCGUAUAGAGCGCGGUGACUGGGAGUUUGGCCUUUUGGGGCGAUGAAGACGAGGAAGUCGAUAAUGAUGACACGAUGGUUCUGUCAUAGCGUUGACGGGGACCGCUAGGAGAUUCUUUCCCAUUUGUACUCUCUUUUCCUUUUUUGUCUUUUCGUGGCGGGAGGUCGAGGAGGAGUUUAGCGGGCAUCAUGCCUGAUUAGUUUUUUGAUCUUUUCUUCCAUAGGGUAGUCUCAUCUAUACGGAUGUGGUGCAAAAUAGGAUCUGGACUGUUUUCCCAUCUUA